AUGGGGCGAAUGCCGAAUACUUCGAAAAGUGAGUUUUCAUCAUCGUUCUUAGUUACAUCCUUGUUAUCUACUGUGGAGACGAUAACAGAUCUAUGGACUUUGGACACACUUGGGAUCACUGACCCAUCAAUCAAGAAAAACCAGACUGAACUACAAGAAGCUGCUCGGUUGCAUUUUCUAAAUACAGUUCGUAUAGUCGAUGAUCGUUUCGAGGUUGAUUUGCCCUGGUUGGAAUAUCAUCCACCACUAACAGACUAUUUUGACUUAGCCGAGAGAAGACUGAACAAAACUGUUAAACGUCUUAAAAUCGAGUCCAAUUAUGAAGCUUAUGGAGAUGUUUUCAAGGAAUGGCUAGAAGAGGGAGUACUUGAAGAGGCUGAUAAAAAUUAUCAAGGGCAAGUUCUUUACCUUCCUCAUCGAGAAGUUAUCAAAAAGAAUAGCACUACAAAACUCCGACCGGUAUUUGAUGCUUCGGCCAAAGUAAAGGGAUUUCCUAGUCUUAAUGACUGCUUAGAAAAAGGCCCAAAUCUAAUAGAACAGCUUCCGAGUAUUUUAACACGCUUUCUAAAAGAAAAGAUUGGUGUUAUUGCUGAUAUACGAAGAGCCUUUCUUCAAAUAAGUGUUUCACGUACUGAUAGAGACUUUUUGCGGUUCUUAUGGCUUGAUAGUGAUGGCCAACUGAAAGUGUACAGGCACUGCCGUGUAGUUUUUGGUGUAGCAAGUAGCCCUUUUCUUCUAAACUCUACUAUUCAGCUUCACUUACAAACUGUUUUAGAGAAAAUAGAAACCGGUGAAUCCUUAUACGAAAGGUACGAAGUUUUAUGUUGA